AUGGAAAACAGUACUUUUGCUUUUUACUUUGACCUCACCGUGUUUGUGAACAUCGGACAUUAUUACUUUCUAGCCUUUAUUUUUUGCCUUCUGCUCUACUGCUUUAUUGUCUCUGCUAAUCUUUUCAUGAUACUGGUAAUAUUCAGACAUAGAAUACUUCAUGAGCCCAUGUAUAUAUUCAUUGCAUUUUUAUCUGUCAACUCUCUGUACGGCUCCGUUGGUUUCUUCCCCAGAUUCCUCAUGGACCUCCUGUCUGACACUCAUUUAAUCUCACGUCCUGCUUGCUUCACUCAGAUCUAUAUUAUUUACACGUAUGGCUCCUAUGAAAUGACCAUCCUCAGUAUUAUGGCAUAUGAUAGAUAUGUUGCUGUAUGUGAGCCUUUACACUAUCACAGAAAGAUGACCCCUACCACCGUGCGUAGGUUGGUAGCCUUUGCGUGGUUCUGUCCGGCCUUUGUUGUUGCAACAUGUCUCUACCUGACUAUAAGGCUUCCUUUGUGUGGCAAUUUGAUCCCAAAAGUGUACUGUACUAUUUGGAAGGUUGCUAAAUUGUCUUGUGUUGACACAUCUAUCAACAACAUUGUUGGUUUGCUUAUGACCACAUUAACAGUAAUUCUUCCCCUGAUCUACGUCUUGUAUACUUACUUAAGAAUUAUUCUUGUGUGCAGGAGAAGCUCUGCUGAAUUCAAGAGCAAAGUCUUUGAAACCUGCUUGCCACAUACUAUUUCAUUUAUCACUUAUUCUGUAACUAUAUUUUCUGAUGUUGCCCUGAGUCGUUUUGAAAUUGAAAAAGUGAGCCCAGUUUUUGCUAUUAUUUUAUCGUUAGAGUUUGUAACAAUUCCUCCAGUUUUGAACCCUAUCGUGUAUGGCCUGAAAUUACCGGAAAUCAGAAGACACAUUGUGAAGAUGUUACCUAUUUCAAAACCUUUCUCCUGA